AUGGCUCCAUUACCACGCGGUUGGAGUAAUCGUGGACAAAACCCAGACGGAAAAACUCAAGACAACGAAGGAAAGCCCGAUUGUGUCAUCGAAUCGGGCAAAAAUGUAGAUACCCGUGUGACUACGACCACGGAGAAAGAGUUGACAUGA